AUAAGAACUAUUCGGAUUAGGAGCAGAGCUCACUCUCAGCAAAAGUGUCCACUCCCCUGAUGGAAGGUCAGAGUAGCCCUCCGACCGGGGUCAGCUACAGCUCCGAGACAGCCAAUGCCCCCUUCCACAUAACCCGGCGAAGGUCGUACCUGGUUGUCGCCAUCCUGUUCCUCAUUAACCUCUUGAACUAUAUGGAUCGCUCCAUCAUUGCAGGUGUCUUGGAUGGCAUUCAGAACUACUUUAAAAUAAAUGACGCCUCUGCUGGUCUAUUGCAGACAGUCUUUAUCUGCAGCUACAUGAUAUUGGCUCCUUUGUUUGGUUACCUGGGUGAUCGAUACAACCGGAAGAUCCUCAUGUCCAUUGGAAUACUCAUUUGGUGUGCUGUGACACUGGCAGGAUCCUUCAUCACUAAGUCUUAUUUCUGGGUGUUGGUCUUUUGCCGAGCCUUAGUUGGUGUUGGGGAAGCCAGUUAUUCAACCAUUGCCCCCACCAUCAUUGCUGACCUCUUUGUGGAUGACGCAAGGACCUUGAUGAUCUCCAUCUUCUAUAUUGCCAUCCCAGUGGGAAGUGGUCUGGGCUACAUCCUUGGAUCUGGCGUAAUGAGACUAUCUGGCAACUGGCACUGGUCAAUGAGGGUGACCCCGUGUGUAGGACUGGUGGUCGUCAUCUUGCUGAUUCUAUUUGUUCCAAACCCUCCACGAGGAGCCUCUGAACAGCACACAGACUCACCCGAAUCCAGCACCUCCUUGCUGCAGGAUCUCAAAUACCUCUUCACAAACUGGAGUUUUGUGCUGUCGUCCUUUGGCACUGCCGCGGUCACGUUCACGACCGGUGCGCUCGGAUUUUGGGCUCCCAUCUUCCUGCUGCGAGCACAGGGCACUAAUGGCUCCCCUCAGCGCACAGUCAACACAUCACAGGACAGUUUAAUAUUUGGAGCCAUUACCUGUGUGACGGGAAUCCUCGGGAUUGGAAUUGGAGCUGUGCUUUCAAAGCAUUUUAAAAAGAAGAGCCCCAGAGCUGACCCUCUCAUCUGUGCAACCGGCAUGUUGAGUUCUAGUCUCUGCCUCUACCUUGCCAUUGUACUGGCUAAGCAUAGCAUUGCAGCGACGUAUGUUUUCAUUGCCUUGGGAGAGACGUUACUCGCUUUGAAUUGGGCAAUUAUUGCAGACAUUCUCUUGUAUGUUAUUGUUCCAACUCGUCGCUCGUUGGCAGAAGCAGUGCAGAUAACCAUCUGCCAUGUCCUGGGGGAUGCCAGCAGCUCCUACAUCAUUGGCAGUAUCUCCGACGCUAUCCGGAAGACCCGUCCAGCCUCCAGCUUUUGGAAGUUUGUGAGCCUGGAACAUGCCUUUCUGCUGUGCCCUUUCAUUGCUGUUGUUGGAGGCGCCUUAUUCCUUUGGACAGCAAACCAUCUGGAGGAGGAUCGGCUGAAAGCGUCACAGAUCAAUGAAGAUUCAAUGCAAGUGACCCCCAACCCAAGAGGCUAAGACACCACUGUCAUGACUAUGCUCAAGGCAAGGCCUAGGUCUAACCGACCAGCUAUCGAGUUGAGGAUUACCAGAGCUGACAUCGAUGUGAUAUUGUCACCAAAAAUAUUUUUGGUUCGGACUCUGAUCCUCAAACUUUUGCCUAUAUCCUUUUGCCCAAAAUACUCCUGAAAAUAGAAAUCUGUUUUCCUUGUCUGUCCUGUCAUCAUAAGUGUGAACAAAAAUGUGUAUGCGUGGAGAUUUUAAAAGGGUACAGUUUAAAUUUG